AUCCAAGUUGACCCAGCUAGACCAUCUUAUCCGUUUUUCAACUUCUAGCUGGGUCCUUGGCACAGUCUCCUUUCUAGUUUCUACUAAGCUGAAGCUUAAACCCUGGAAGAACCUCUCCAAAAUCCCCAAUGGGAAUUUCGGAGCUGGCCCAUUAGAGUAGCGCGCCGCGUGGUCUAUCCAAUUAACCUGCUUAAGCUGCAACAAUGGUUUCUCUACCAGCAACCUGGCUUUACCAAGAUCGAGGUUUGAGGAUUACAAUCUCACCACACCGCUUCAGGAAGCCAGGUUUGUCUUCGCUAUUCCCGUCCGGCGUUUGUGCGAUUCGGUCUCGAAAGCAGCUUCGUUUACUUCAUCGGAUAAGGUGCGAGAACGAGGACGAAGAUGAAGGGAUUGAACAUGUAUACGUCGAGCGUCCUCCGUACCACAGCUAUUUCGACUCCACGUCCGGCCAACUGGAGCCGGCGUCCGGUGCCCGUGCCAGUAUCCCGGGAGAAGAUUGUUGGCCCGAAGGCACUUCGGAUAGGGUUAGGGCCGCCAGGGCUCCGGCGCCGGCGGGGGCGAUAUCGGCUGGGUCUUCCUCUAACGGUCAAAAUCCUGGAAGCAGGAGGAGGAAGCACAGAGCAUCGGCCACGGGUCCUCGAUCUUCAGAUGCAAUCAUCGAAGUGAAAGAUUUGGGGAAUGUUGCUGCAGAAGAAACCAUUGUCGAGGAGGAGGAGACGGCGGAGGAGCCCAGAGAUGAAUCUUCUGAGUAUGUGAUUUAUCAGAUGGAACCGGAGGUGGAGGAAGAAACGGGGUUUGCAUUGGACAAGAAAUUGGGAAGGCCCCAUCCGUUUAUUGACCCCAAGGUGAAGAAGCCGAUAGAGGGGACCCUUCCUGAGGAAGAACUGUGGUGGAACUGGAAGAAGCCAGAGGAGGAACAAUGGUCAAGGUGGCAAAGGAGGAAGCCCGAUGUUGAAACGGUAUUCCUCAAAGCAAUGGCUGAAAAUGGGGAAGUUAAACUCUACGGCGAGACUCCCACGUUGACCGAGACUGCUCUCUACCGUGCCAGGAAGCAUCUUUAUAAGGAGGAAAGGCUUCGACUUGAGCAGGAAAAACUGGAAAGAAUAGGCCCGAUGGCAUACUAUUCAGAGUGGGUGAAAGCAUGGCAGAGAGACACUUCACGCGAAGCUGUAGAGAAGCAUUUUCAGGAGACUGGACAAGAUGAAACCAUGCAACUAAUGGAAAUGUUUAGCUAUCAAACUGAUAGAGAAUAUCGUAUAAUGAUGGGUACUGAUAUUCGCAUCAAGAGGGAUCCUUUAGCAAUGCGGCUCAAAGAAGAUCAAAUAAAGCAAAUUUGGGGUGGAGAUCCAGUUUACCCAACAAUCAACUACAAGCAGGAUCCAAAUGAAAUCAUUGAUUACAGGGGUCCAGAUUUUCAUGAACCAACACCCAAUAUGGUGGCAUACCUAAAAGAGCAUGGCAAGCUCAUAUCCAGAGACGAACUUGAACAAACUUUAGCAAAAGAAAAGACGGAACAACUUGAAUUGACGGACAUGGAUGACGCCAUGGCACGAGCGGUAGACAUUGGUGAAAAUGAUGAGGAGGAAGAGACCAGUGAUGUUGAAGAGGAAGACGAAGACAGCAAACUUCCCCGCAAUUGGAGCGUUCUGAAAACCGCUCCUGAACUUCGCAAAUCAAAGCCCAAGGCCAAGAAGGAGGGUGCCAUGAAUCUGGAUGAAGCCAUAGAUGAUUCUGAGAACUUGACCGACUUUCUAAUGGACUUCGAGGAAGAGUGACUGUGUGUGUGUAAAUUGAUUCAGCAGUUUGUAGGCAGAGAGCAGCUUUGGUUUUGUAGUGAUGAUUAUGAAGAAGUAGAGAGACCAGUCCAGGCGCUGUGAGGAAUCAAGUUUGUAAAGCGGGCCACAAUGGAAGCUUGCAUAGGUCCAGUAGCAGAAGAAAGCCCUGGUCUUGAAUAGGGCCCAAACUAUAGAAGAUUCUUAAGCUACUCUAGUAGGCUACGAGAAAAAGGGAAUCCAACAGGGAAAAGUGUUUAUUCCGGAUUUUGGGGGAAUUUGGUAAUCAGACUCCAUAAUAUGGUGCAAGGGUUGAGGGAUUGGUGGUGUUUGAAGUAAUCAGUAAUUCCAAGGAACCUACCUACUCUUCUCAAGCCUAUAAGUAUAAGCUACAACCAAAUUGGAAAACUUCAACCAAGCUGGUCGCUGUGCUUCUCGGUUUGCUCCCAUUCCCAUAAGCCAACUACCUUCUUGACACAGGAGAAGGCGUGAAUUCUGGGGGUGGAUAUUAGUUUUCUAUACAGCACCACCGCCUUUCCUCGUCUCUGUGCUUAAAAAUUAAAAGGAGCCCCUCAACUUGGUCGUUUUAAAUAUCUGUUUUUAUGCAAACCAAAGUUCAUCACAGUGAAAUGAACCCACUCACUCACUGCUCACUUAUUUAAUCAUUAUGGAUAUAAACAAAAAAUCAUUAUUCCCAGAGCUCUCUUGAUAAAUACAGUUUGAACCCAAGAAAACAUACACAAAACAAAAAAGAGUAUAGUAAUGAAAAUGAUGGGACCAAAUAGAAAAAGGGUAACAAUUAAAAGGGGGCUGGGGGAAGAGGAAUUUAGGGGAAGGGGUGUGGGGUUUGGUUUGAUUUUGAUUUUGAUACCUUUGAAAAAAUGAAAAAAACUGGGCACCUACCAUCUCAGCCAGCCAGCAGCCAGUGCAGCACUUAUUAUUAAUAGCAGCAACUAGCAAGUUGCUGGGGAAAACAAAACUAAACAAAAGGUACAUAUCAUUUCUGAGUUCUAAAUCUGCAGAAUGCAGUGAAGGUAUUAAUUUUUCUUGUUCUUAUAUAUUCGGAGAACAUCGUAAUCUAAGUUAUACAAUCAAAUUAAGUUAUAUUUAGAUAAGACGGCAGGGUUUCAUAUGCCACUUCAUGCUCCAGUCCAAUUGACAAUCUAGAGAACACUUCAAACUCUAAUCGCGAACGUAGAGUUGAUACAACCCGAAGACAUUCUCGUAGAAUAGAACUAUCCACCACGGUGGAAUCCACAUCACCAACAAGUUGAUGAACCACCCUUGUUGAGUCUCACUCGAGAAUGACACCCUGCAGAUGAAGGCUGGACACUAAAAGCAUGUCCCCAACUACUAGUGAUAUAAUCGUUGGAUUUAAGGUCUCUUUUUUUUUCUUCUUAUGAUAAAGACUAGCGUACGUACAUAAAUAGCUUAAUCAGCAAAUAUAUUUAAAAUAACAUCAAUUCAGACUUUGUUAGGACAAUAUCAGUAGACUCUUCCUAGCUCCCUUCUCAUCCCUCUUGUCUGUAUGAGAGAAAAAUCAUUCAACGAGGCACAUUAUUAUGAAUUUGGCCUUUGUGGCCCAUAGUGCCUUCCAGAGAGAGCACUUUACCACCAUCAUUUCAUUUCAAUGAAUAUCCAUGGGAGGAGAGGAGGCAUUUGCUCCAUAAGAAAGAAAGAAUGCCAGAAAUUGUCCCUCUGAAUUCAGUCUCCAUCUACCCUUAAUUUUUUUUUUUUCAAUUUUGCACCAUCUCCUGCCUGCCCCACAAUAUCUAUCUGAUAAACUUUCCAAGAUCUCAAAAGUGGUUCAUAUUACUACUUUAUUCAUUCAGCAGCAUCCUUCCUUCUUCUUUCUUCCCUAAUAAUCCCCCAUUAUUAAACAAUUUCCUCCACAGUUUAGUUAUUAAUUAAUAAACUGAAAUGAUAUUAAACUCAAUUAAUUAAAAGGGCCAUCAUGCUGUGUUUUCUGAACCAUACUCUGUCCACCUGAAUUAUUGUUCUCUGUGUAUGUAUUUGUUUAUGGGAGUGGAGUGGGGAGUGGUCCCUUUUUCUUCUUCUCUUUGCAUAGGUUGGAAUCUGCCUUGGACUUGAAAUAAUUACCAUCAGCUGAAGGGAUAUUAGAAUCUGUGUAGAUUAGAUCACUGAAGAGAGGUGGAGAGAGGGCUAGCAAGAACGAAUCCUCCAGUCCAGGCACAGCCACGUUUGAUGGCUCAAAUCCUGCCUACUCAUAGGGAAAUGAUCUUGUAAGUUUUCUUUUAGAAGUGGGUGGAGAGCAAUGAUUGAAUGUGUUAAUACUUAAUAAGUAACAUGAGACGUUAGCCUCCUAAUAUAUUAUGUAAGAUUUAAUGCAUGAGAAGUUUAUUAGAAUUGAAAAACGAUAUGGUGUGUGUGUGUGGGGGGAUAUAAUUGAUUGACUCAACAAACAUAUGUGAAAUGUGAGCAACGUGGUAAAGGUUUAGAGGAUGUCGUUACUCGACUAACAAAUGAGAUGAGGAAAGAAAGAGGUAUCAAACAUUUUGCAGUCCUAACAUGUGACUGUAAGGAUGAUAUUGUACUUGAUUAUGAAAAGGGCGACUAAAAGCACACCAACCACACAAGUCCACAACUUAUUGUGUUUAAGGCAUGAGUUGAAUCAUAUCUUUGGAGACUGGAGUGACUGUAGUAGAAAAGACUCCAAAGACCAAAGGGGAAAAAACAGAUAAAUGAAAGUAAAAAAAAAAAUUAGGAUUUUUCUUCGGUUCAUUUAGAGAGAAAGUCAUGAUCGACAUCACAAUAAUGUUAGCGGCUGUGAAAACCAACACAACCAUCAUCGCGAUUGUGAUGAGCCCCAUAUCAAUCAAAUUGUUCUAAUUAAAUUCUGAAAAAUUU